AUGUCUGAACACGUUGAUCCUUUCAAAAGAAAACCAUCUGGGUCAAAAUAUAGAAAACGAAAAGCAGAAAAAGAGAAGGAAUUUGAAAAAACAAAAAAGUUUAUGAAUAUAGGCAAAUAUAUCACAACAAAAAAUCAAGACCUUAAUGUGGCAUCUACAUCUGAAAUACAAGCGAAUGCAUCGGUAGUGGAGUCUCUGUCUGACAAGUCAGAUCAGUUAGCUGUUGAAGAGAUUGUGGACGAAGUUUCCCGAAGUGAGGAGACAAGUUGUGUUACAAUUACAGAUGCUGCUCAGGAUGACACUAUUGGUGAUGUACAACAAAUACAAAUUCUAGAUGACAUUAGUUCUCUUGCUCCAAAUAUAUCGGAUCCAGCCACUUGGCCACUCACUCGAAAUAGCAAAGUUAUUGAUCAUAUAAUAACUAAUGGCCCAGUGCAAACUCACAUUGAUAAUUAUCCAAAAAAUGAUACAGGGCGACAUUUCUCAAAUUCUCAUUUUACCAAAAAACUUGCAAACAAUGAAAUAAUUCAGCGUCGUUGGUUAAUAUACUCAGUUUCUAAAAAUCGAGUUUACUGUUUUUGUUGCCGGCUAUUUGAUAGCAGCUCAACGUCGAAUUUAGCAUCUGAAGGAUAUAACGACUGGAAACACUUAUCAGAAAUGUUAAAAGUUCAUGAAAGUAGCACUUUUCAUAAGAAGUUUUACCUCUCAUGGAUUGAGGCUGAACUAAGAUUAAAAACGGGAAAAACAAUAGAUUGUCAAGAGCAACAUUUGAUUAGAAAGGAAACUACAAGGUGGAAUAAUAUUUUGUCUAGAUUAAUGCAUAUUACACUGUAUUUAGCUGAAAACAAUAUGGCGUUUAGAGGUACUUCCGACAAACUAUAUACGCCAAAUAAUGGAAAGUUCUUGGGUUUAGUACAACUACUAGCCAAAUUUGAUCCAGUUAUGGAGGAGCACUUGCGUUUAGCUGUAAAGGGUGAUGUUUCUGACCACUAUUGCGGAAAAGACAUUCAAAAUGAAUUAAUAGAGCUGAUGGGUGAAAAAGUGAAGUCAGAAAUCAUAUCACGUGCAAAGAAAUCGAAAUAUUAUUCUAUUAUAGCUGACUGUACUCCGGACAUUAGUCAUAUAGAACAGCUUUCACUGACAAUACGAUUUGUUGAUUUAUCAUCAGAUGUCGAUAAAAUAUCAGUAAAAGAGCAUUUCAUAGAAUUUAUACCUGUUAAUGAGUCGACUGGUGAAAGGCUGACUGAAGUUAUUAUUGAUAUUUUAAAUAAAUACGGACUGGAAUUGAACGAUUGUAGAGGUCAGGGCUAUGACAACGGAGCAAACAUGAAAGGAAAAAAUAUUGGAGUUCAAAGAAGAAUUCUGGACAUAAAUCCUUUAGCUGUAUAUGUACCGUGUGGCUGUCAUAGCUACAAUCUCGUACUAUGCGAUGCCGCUAAGUCAUCUGUAAAAUCUGUCACUUUGUUUGGAGUACUUCAGAGGUUGUUUACGUUGUUUUCAGCUUCUGUUCAUCGAUGGAAAAUUCUGACCGAUCACUUGGGAUUGUACACUAUAAAAAAACUCAGUGACACGCGUUGGGAAGCAAGAAUAGGCAGUGUUAAAGCAGUCCGUUAUCAAAUUAGCGCCGUCCAUGACGCUUUAAUCACUUUGGCUAUCGAAACUCAGCAAACUGAUGUUCAAGUCUCUCAUGAGGCUACUACUCUAGCCGAACAGCUAAAAGAUUUCGGCUUCAUAGUUUCAUUGGUUGUCUGGUAUGACAUACUUUUUCAAAUUAAUGUCGUUAGUAAAUCUCUACAAUCAACAGACAUGGAUCUCGGUAAAUGCACAGACAUGCUGAAAAAAUGCUGCAAUUUCUUGGAAGAAUAUAGAAAUACAGGCUUUAAAAGCGCCAUUCUAACUGCGAAGGAAUUGGCUGAAGAGUUAGAAAUAGAACCUGUGUUUAGAGCGACAACAAGAAUUCGACGUGUUAAGCGCCAAGCUGGUGAAACUGCCCAAGAUGAGCCUAUAACUUCUCCAGAAAAAAAAUUUGAGUUUGAAUUUUUCAACUGUCUUUUGGACACGACGUUAACUUCACUCAACGAAAGAUUUGAACAGUUAUGUGAGUACUCGGAAUCUUGGUCUUUUUUGUAUAAUUUAAAACAGAUUCCAGAAAAACACGACCUUAUCAAACUCUGUAGUGAUCUUCAAUUGAAAUUAAAUGUAAAUUCCAAAUCAGAUAUAGAUGGAUGUAUGUUGUGCGAUGAACUCAUAAGUCUGAAAUCGUUUUUGCCUGAUCAGAAAGUGGUUACUCCUGUUUUUGUUUUAAAUUUUAUUAAAGACCGCAACUUAAAAGAACUAUAUCCAAAUGUUUGGAUAGCAUUACGAAUAUUAUUAACUAUUCCCGUAACGGUUGCUAGUGGAGAGAGGAGUUUUUCUAAGCUUAAGCUAAUAAAAACCUAUCUGCGAUCGACGAUAUCACAAUCUAGAUUGACAAACUUGGCAACUUUGUCGAUCGAAAAUGAAAUAGCUGAAAACAUCGACUUUGAUAACUUAAUAAAAGAGUUCGCCGAUAGAAAGGCUAGAAAAGUAAAAUUUUAUUAG